AUGGCUGACUGCGGAAAUCCUGAAGAUUUCCUUGUUGUCUCUGCGAUAGACUUUGGGACCACUUAUAGUGGAUACGCUUUUGCGUUACGUGACACACCAAAUGAUAUUUAUUCACCCUCUACAUGGUAUGCUGGUGGUUCUACUCUUGCUUCUCUGAAAACGCCAACAUGUAUUCUUUUAAAAGAAGACAAGUCAUUUGACUGUUUCGGGUACGAAGCCCAAAACAAAUAUGCAAGUCUUGCAGAAGAUGGAAAACAUGGGGACUAUUACUUUUUUGAGCAGUUCAAAAUGAUUCUUCAUCAAAACAGGACUUUGUCAAGAGGAACCAUGAUAGAAGCGAUAGAUGGCAAAAUUCUUCCAGCAAUUCGGAUAUUUUCUCUCUCUAUUGGAUUUUUCAAAGAACACAUUUUGAAGACGCUUACUGAUCGCAUACCAAAUAUCUGCCUGGAAGAUAUCCGAUUUGUUUUGACAGUCCCCGCUAUUUGGGAUGACAAAGCAAAACAAUUUAUGAGAGAAGCGGCCGUCAAUGCAGGUAUAGAUGGUGAUCGUCUAAUGCUUGCUUUUGAGCCAGAGGCAGCCUCGAUCUAUUGUGCAGGGCUUCCAGUCGAAAAGCUACAAGGUGGAGAAGGCUUUACAGAGGCCCCAAAUGGAACGAGAUACUUAAUAGCAGAUAUAGGAGGUGGAACAGCUGACUUUUGUGUACAUGAAAAAAUAUCCAAAGAAGAAGUUAAAGAGGUAUACAAAGCUAGUGGUGGAGCUUUUGGUGGCAUGUAUGUGAACAAAGAAUAUAAAGAAUUUCUUAAAAAGAUCUUUGGCAGACAAAGCUUACAGAAGUUGCAGUUAAGGGACAUGGGUGAUUUUUUAGAUAUUGAGCGUUCUUUUGAAGUAAAAAAGCGUGAUGCUAAAUCUGAAAUACAUGGAAACGUAACUAUAAGGAUCCCAUUUAACCUAGUUGAAAUAUCUAAAGCCGAAUUUCCAAAUCUUGCAGAACACACCGCGGAAGUGUUCGGAACCGACGAAGUAUCUGUGAUGUGGGACAAAAUAAAAAUUAACAGCGAGAUAUUUCAAACCUUUUUCCGCAAAUCGAUUGAUGGUAUUACCGAUUAUAUGAAUGAAAUCAUUAAAGAAAUCCCUAAUAUUUCAAUGAUUUUACUUGUGGGUGGUUUUGCCGAGAGCUCAAUUCUUCAGACUAGCAUUAAAAAUCGUUUCAUGGAGCAAAAUCUGAUAAUUCCCGAGCAACCAGGCUUAUCAGUCGUAAAAGGUGCAGUUAUGUAUGGAUAUAAUCCUACUAAAAUUUUUUCAAGAAUUCUUAGAUACACUUAUGGGACUAGCCAUAAUCUUGCAUUUGAUCCAAACAAGCAUCCUACGGAUAGGAAAUACAUGUAUAUAAAUGAAGACGGAAAGGAGAGAUGUAGAGGGACUUUUGACAUGCUUGUUUCCAAAGGGGCGUCUCUUAAAUCAACGGGUAAAGUGAUAUCGAAACAAUCGGCUCCGUUUAAUAGAUCUACCAAUACAUCGGAAACAAGGAUUUAUUACUCUGAGGAGAAGGAUCCUUAUUUUAUUGAGCAAUGCACAUUACUUGGAAAAGUAAGACUGAGAGUACCCCCAUAUACAGGCAAAAGAAGAGUUGUUCAAAAGUCAUUUACAUUUGGUCGUACAGAGAUUGCUGUAGUCUGUACCUUUCUGGAAACUGGAGAGUCGAUAAAAGCUUCAUUUGACCUUUUAGAAUAAUUUUUUUGUUUUUGUAUAUGAUUAUGUAAUUGAAACUGAACGGACAUAAAGUCGAUAAGCACCGGAGUUCGAGGAAGAUUACUUUAAAGGUAGUCAAAUUGAAAGUAGCCCACACUUGUCUCCUGAAUCUAUAUAUAAACUUCUUAUACCGGUAAUUAACAGGGCUAUUUUGAACAUCUGUUAUAAGGGCUUAAGAAAUGAAAACGAUAUUAAAAGGUGGAAUUUACUAUCAUUUCAGCAUUUCAAAAAUUUAAAAAAAAAAAAAAAUGAUACCAAUUUCUAUUUUCACUGGGGAGGUAAAAUCUAUGAGACCCUGACAUCCAGGAUUAUGGAGAGGGCGGCCGUUAAAUGAUGGAUUACUCUGAGCUUGGCAUUAAAGUCAAGUUGAAUAAGAGGAUUACAUGCACGUACAUGGUAGCAUCGUUUUUGAAAGGAAGCAGCCGGAAAGGUAAUUGAAAACGUACCUGAAAAAGCUUGGACACGGAACAAAUAGACAUUAUUAUAACAGUAACUUUUACCAAAUACCCGGAACAUACGCCGACGGAUGUGGAUCUUCGCGUUACAAUGAUGAAUUCAUUGAAUACCACUAUUUCUUAAGUAAAAUAAAAUAGAAAAAUAUUUGGGGGAUCAAUUAUACAAUUUUUUCUUUCUAAAACAAACCACAUUUUCAA